CUCUGCCAGAUCAGUCAAGCGACGAAAUGUUCAGUGCUUCGAGGGGUGCCCUUGCAAGGAGUCGGAAGUCCGAUGCUCUGGUGACAAGAUACAGGGCAGCACUGCUGGAUGACAACGAGAAACAGCGACGACUCAAUGACGAGACGAGGAAGCUUAAGCUGCGCAUCUCGGUGCUGGAGGCGGAGCUUAAGGAAGCGAAGCAGAACGAGGAGAGUGUGAAGGAAGCGGCAGGAACAGCCCCUGGUGUUGUUGGGAUCGACCACAACCUACUGCGUGCUUUGCAGCCUGUUGGAGUUCGCUCCCUCGUCGGUCUCAGCGACCACGAGUCUCUCGAGGUCAGUGUAUUGAGGCUUUUGUGCGCGUCAUCAGAGUACCCAAGACCGGCUGCAACGUAGGAUACAUUUACAUGUUUGUACAUCCUAGCACUUGCUUGGUCGGCCGGCUGCACGACCCUCCGUCCCUCUCUCGCUCUCGAUCUGUGAGUGUCUCUUUCUCUCUCUCUCUCUCUCUCUCUCUCUCUCUCUCUCUCUGCCCAUGUGUCCCUCCUCCUCUCCCCCUCUCUUUCUGUCUCUCUCUCUCUCUGUCUCUCCCUAAGCCGGCCAGUUCCGGGAGCGACGAGCACGCCACAUUACUGCAUGCCGCCGACACAGCAGCAGUUGUAAAAUAAGUAGAUAUGUGCUCCACAGACCGCUGCCGAAUAAUGCAUACAACAUGCAUACAGCAGCGUGUACUUGGUUGUUCUUGACGCAAAAGGCCAUUAUAACAUAUUCUGUUGAAGCGUGAGAUAGCGCGGCAGUGCGGUAUGUAAGUUCCUUCCAUUGCAUUGGUUUCGCUACCAAUCUAGCAGAGUGUGGUUCACCCCUUGUCGUUUGUCGCCUCUACAGGGUGACUGCUGCCAUUGCUGCUCUUCUAUUGAGAAAGUGGAGGGGUCGCGCUUCGUUUAACGGCAACGAAAAGGUCACGAAGGCUCCGCGCCCGUCGGAUGCAGAACCAAUAUUGUAUGUGAUAUCUACUGAUGACCGAGCCAUGCAGAUAGUUUUCAUGUGCUGAUAUCCGCAGUGCAACCUUCGUCGCAUCGUCGUUAUCAUCCCACGUGCCACCGCCUGCAGAAGUUGUACGAGUUCCUGG